CCAUGGGAUGCUGGUGGGUCUGGGCUGGAAGACGCUCCUUCGGGUCAGCCCCAGGGAUGCUCCUUCAUCACCCGCUGCAGCAGUGCCAGGCUGGCCCCGCCCCCCUGCAUUGGCCCCACCCCUUGUUCCAGCAGGCCAGGAGGUGAUUGGCUCAGGCAGGAGGGGUGGGGCUGGGUGGGCGGAGUCUUUGGAUGACAGGUAUAUAAGGUGAGGGAGGGCUGGUAGGAACGAUCCAGUGGAGAGGUGCUGGUGUGUGCUGGAGGCUGGACUGUGCUCCUUGCAAAGAUGGAUUAUGCUAAGUCCCUGAGCCUGCGCCUGGCUGCCCCCGUCUCCAAAUGUGUCUCGGCAAGCGCCUCCAUGACCCAGCAGCUACUGUCGAGCCCGGCCCCGCGACCCCGACCCUACCGCGUCUGCAACUGGGACCGCAGCCUGCGCAAGGGCAUCAUGGCACAGAGCCUCGCCGAGCUGCUGCGCCAGGCUCAGAGCGCCCUGCUCGCCCCGGGUCCCGUCUCGCUGGUGCUGGAUGAGGAUGGCACCGCGGUGGAGACGGAGGCUUUCUUCCGGACGCUGGAGGAGGGGACGGUGCUGAUGGCCCUGAGCAAGGGGCAGACUUGGGCUCCCUCCAAGACGCCUGGCUACCAGCUGGGCCUGUCCCGCAAGCCCCCUCGGAGGAUCGACGUCGCCUGCGUCACCUUCGACCUCUACAAGACGAGCCCGCGGGACCUGGGCUGCCUCAAUGUCAAAGCCACGCUCUACGGCACCUACAGCAUGUCCUACGACCUGCGCUGCUACGGGGCCAAGCGGCUGAUGAAGGAAGCGCUGCGCUGGACGCUCUUCACCAUGCAGGCCACCGGCCACGUCCUGCUUGGCACCUCUUGCUACAUGCAGCAGCUCCUGGAUGCCACGGAAGAACCGAAGGAGACGGAGAGCAGCCCAGCGCUGCGAAGCCCCCUGCCCUGCAGCCUCCCACCCCUGCCCCGCAGGAAGACGCUGCAGUGAGGGUUGGGUGCCCUGUCCUGUCGUCCCCCCCCCCCAUCACUCCCACCCGAUCCCUGGGGGUCCCAGCACCCCGCUAGGUCAAUGCCAGGGGAGAGGCUGCCACGGUGCCUGGCACAGCCUCUCCUUGCACCCUGCUGGCUAAGCGCGGCCAGCUCUUCUCUGUAAUAUCUGCUGCUCUGUAAAUAUAUUUAUUUAAGUAAAGC